AUGAACAAGAUCCUUUCAACCACUCUUUGCUUUGGACUCCUAACUUUGUUAUCUGCAAUGAUUUUUUUGGAAGUGGUGCAUGGGCGGCCAUAUCUUACCCAAGGAAAUGAAUUGUUUCCAGAUAAAGAAGAUGCAAACCGUGAAAAACUAUUGCUGGCUCUACUGAAUAAAAAUUUUGAUUUCCAAAGACCUUCCAACAUUGAUACAGAACUGGCUAGCAAAUUGGAAGAACUUAACCAGCUGGAGAAUCUAAAAGAGCAGCUCACGGAGGCAAAAGAUCCCGAGAUAUCCUAUUCUAUAGGUGGUCUAUCUUCUUCCCAUCCAAAUAAGCGAGCCUGCUUUUGGAAAUACUGUGUCUGA